UAUUGUGGAACCUUUUUCCAAGGGAACUGGUAUGGAUUAGCUAGUGUCGAUACAUAAAUGGGGACAGUGGAACAUACCCCCAGCCACACGGCACAAGAGAUCGUUACUGCCGCAUUGAAAUGGCCUCCGGAGGUGCUUCCACAAGUUCUAUUGGUUAUUAGCGACUGAGACGUUGAGCAGAUGGUGUUUUAAUAGUAUCCGAGUCCAACCUACAUGAUAGCAAAAGCGAUGCCGAUUGCAAAGGCCCAACCAAUUUGGAAAACUGAUCCAAACCCAGGGUCACCAGGGCUCAGAAAGAAUGAUGCACACGAUGCAAUUCCCGGAUAUCUAAGAAUGACUGUCAGUGAGUGAUGCAUGUUUAUUGCAUAUUUUCGCGCUCUCGACUUACACGAAGAAGAAGACACCCAUAGCUUCCGCAGCCAUUUCUCGCAUCCAUCUUGGCCUGGCAUUUUCGAAGUCUAACUUGCGUUGCGAUACUGGUUUCGGUGCCACCACAUGUCUGUUGGCAUGACGCUCGACUGCUUCUGUGUAGCCAAUUUCCAACUCCCCGGUACGAAGACGAUUUGGAUCGUUAUGAGACAUGAUGUAACGAAUGAAUAGCAGCAAUCUGUCAAGAUGUAAGGGUUAAAGUGGCAAUGGACCAGCUAUAUGGAAUUGUCGAGUAACCUGGGGACUGCUUGAAGUGCGGGGAUUAUGGGUUGAAUUAUGUACUGCAAGAUGCCAUAAACCUGCAGGAUGCUGUUUGAUGAUUGAAUGAGGAAGGUGGGCAGUUGAAGAUAACUCGGGCAGAUGGGAUCAUGUUUAAGUAUGGAUUUGCCACCUGCAGGUUCCAUGGGUAGAGAGCAUGUUCGGCUCACUUUGAUGUAGGCAAAACCAAAUUGCUCAUUAUGGCUAAAAGGUCAGAAACAUUGUGGGAAGGAGAUCAACCAAAUCAGUAAAUCCUACCAUCAAGCAUCGAAUACUCAACUCUAAUUGGCCCACUCGAUGUUGGGAAUAUCCCAUACAGCCAAUCAUAAUAACUCCUUGAUGAAUUUCCUAAAGGAGUCCGGAGCGGUGACGACUUUUUCGCUUACACGCAUCCUUACAAUAGGAGCGGAGAUUUUCUUACAUCUUACACCGAGGUCUGACAGCAUAAUAACUUGACAUUGCCCAGGCUUCUGCACUGUUCCCAGGUCGCACUGUGUCAAGUUCAAGCACAUCGUCAAGAAUGGUUAAAGGCUUUGCUUCCGAAUCUGGACGACGGGUUUCAUGUCCGGGUGGCUUUCACAUGCGCCACAUGCGCCACAAACAACUUGUAAGUUACCUCAAUAUAUCCAUCGUGUCCAACUCCAGCUUGAAAAUCAAUGUAUAUGAAAGCGGAGUCCAUGAUAGUUUUAGAUUUGUGUCUAACAGUACAAUUAAGGUAACAAAUCGAACUGCCGUUAUUCCUGUUCUCCUUCCUUGUCGGUACAGUAGUCCUUCCUUUUCCAUUUUUAGAUGCACACUGACGACUAAUUCUCCUGAAAAUCCCAACUCAAUUUCAUCUCCAUUUUGCGAACAUCAUCUCGUCUUCCAUUCUUCAUAAGAACCGAAAGAAGAUAUAUUUCCGGAGGAAAAUAUUCCCUAGACCGCCUGUCCUUGAAGAAUGCAAUUCAUCUCAAGCAUUCUUCUAUUACAGGAGUCUGACUUCGUCUUGCACCGGGUGUGACUGGUGAUUCCUGGCUAUUUGUCAUCCUUGCCUCAGCUCUAUCGGAAGAUCUAUUAC